GCGGCGGACGGGCCGGCUUGGUCCCGUGCACCCUGGCCGCCCGUUAUGCGGUCCGGCACGUGGAUCGGGGCUCCCGGAGGGGCGGUUAGAAAGGAGAAGACUUGCAGCCCUCCCCCCGCCAGCCCUAACUGAGCCUAGGGGAAGCAGUGGCCGGUGGAGACGGGCUGCGACGGAGAGACGCCGGGCGGCGGCAGCGUCUGUCUCCAAAUCGGGGCGUGCACAUUAUAUCAGGGAAGAGGGAGGGCCGUUUGGGUGCUGGUCUUCCAUUCAUUGCCUGGAAAGAGAUCGCCUCCAUUGAAGCGGUUUGAGGACAUCCUUCCCGUCCUCUGCGCCGCCAACCCCCAUCCCGCCUCUGGUUCCUGCAAAAGCAAGCGAGGCAAAAAACUAUCCCCCCGCUGGUAAAGCGCGCAUCGGGCGUUUUCACACAAUACGGAGCACGUUGCGACGUGACAGCAGCCCCGCCGCGCGCCCCUUCCCCCGUUCCAGCCCGCAGGACCGGCAAGAGGGCAUUGCAACGCAGGCGCGCCCGCGGAGACGGACACAACCUUCGCUAGGAGCUCGGCGGACGGGCGCGCACACGCGCAGCGCAGGCGCCCGCCCGCAGAAAAGGCGCCCGGCUCCCCGCCGCUAUUGUGUGACAAAAGACCCAGCUUUCCCAGGCCUGAGCUUCAGUGCUGGCGGGGCGGGGACUUUCUCCUGACAUACGUCAAGAAAUUUGGAAAGAGAUGUUGGAGCAUGCACAGAGUGCCCUUCCCGCUGUUCUUAGCCGCCAUUGGUUUGCUUGCGACUUUCAGGCAGGAUUGCGCCCCGGUAUCCCCCUUUGUGUUUGAUUCCCUCAAUGAGUUUUCCCACCCCUUAUUCUUGCAACAACCUUGCCAGAAAACUGCCUUCGAAAUGGCUAGACAGCUUUGCUCCUUCUGCGUGACCUCUGGUGCCCCCAGCUGUCUGGCUGGUGCGUGCUGACCGCCCAUCACUUUUGCAUGGAUGUGCCUGCCGGCGUGCUGCGGUACUGAAGACUCCGCUUGAAUCUGCCCAGCAGGACUAGCUGCUAUUUAAAGGGGGUUGGAAGCCCCUCCUCAUGGGUGGGGCACCGACCUCUCCCACCAAAGAGACUGCAGGUCAUUCUGUGCUGACGGCUUGAUUUGCUGGAAAGCCCCGGAGGCGGGGCUCUUUUCCUCCAAUUGGGUAGGAUCCGGAUUCCUGCCGUGGUCCUUUGGGUGGCUGGGCUGGUGCGAUGUGAGAGGUCCGUGGGCGCCUGGAGGCGAUGCAGUCAGACGACCUCUUCAUCCGGAAGAUCCGACGCCACUCAAACCGCCCGCCUCUCGCCUCCCUCUCUUUUGACACCUUCCGGGCACCCAAGCCCCAGGUGGGUGAGGGCCCACUGGCGGGGCAGUGCGGCCCACCACUCAGGUCCCCGAGGCGCAGCUAUCUCAUGCAUCGUAGCAAUAGUGACGUGACGCUCAGCGAAGGAGAGCUGGCCGCCACCCCCAGCUCUCCCUUGCCCUCUGCACCCGCUGCCGGAGCUGGUCUUCAUCGCAACAGCAGCAGCCCCAACACAUUCACCAAGUGCCCCGCGCCUCCUCGGGCCCGGGCACACAGCCACGAGGAGCCACGGGCUGGCAGCCCCACCGCACGGCGCUUCCGCGACCCUCUGCUUCUUCUGGGACUGGCAGCCAACGAAGUCUGGGAGACAGAGGCGGAUGGUGCGCUGGCUGGAGAUGGGGGUGGCUCCCACCCUGAACCCCCUGACGUGCCCACAACGGUCUGGGGUCGCCACCUGGCCCACUACGACGUCCAGAGCAUCCUCUUUGAGCCAGGCGAGGUCCCCCGAGAGCCCGAGAAGCCGGGCAACGUCACCACGGGGGCGUCCGGGGCAUCGGCUGCCUCGGAGCGCAGCCAGGUGGACCUGAUGCCCGCCUUUGAACUGGAGGUGGGCGAAGACAAGGACAGGCUGCUGGUGCUCAGCUGCCCCAAUUUCCGCGUGGAAGCAGGGGGCGAGGCUGAGUGUGGACUUGGCCAACACCGGGGGUCCCUGGCGGGGUUUCACUGUCCCAACAUGGCAGUCUCAGUGCUGGAGGAGCCCCGGGAAAGCUACGGGCAGAGGACCAGCCGGGCUGGCCACGCCAUCGAAUACGCUGACCUCGGAGCCUGCUACUAUCGGAAGCAUUUCUAUGGCAAAGAGCACCAGAAUUUCUUUGGGGUGGACGAUAAGCUGGGCUCCGUGGCUGUGUCUCUGCGGCGUGAGGAGAAGGAGGGCAGCGCUGGCCCUCAGUACAACUACCGUCUUAUAAUGCGCACAAGUCAGCUCCGGACUCUGCGGGGAUCCAUCCUGGAGGAUGUCCUUCCCCUCUCGGCCCGCCACGCCGCUCCUCGAGGCAUCCCUCCCAAGAAGUUGCUGGAACACGUCAUGCCGGAGCUCAACUUGCAGUGUCUCCGCUUGGCCUCUAGUUCCCCGAAGGUACCAGAGACCUUACUCAAGUUGGAUGAACAAGGGCUGAGCUUCCAGCGGAAAGUCGGGGUGCUGUACUGCCGGGCGGGGCAGGGCUCCGAGGAGGACAUGUACAACAACGAAGAGGCGGGGCCAACCUUCCAGGAGUUCCUGCACCUACUCGGAGAGCACAUCCGCCUGCUUGGCUUUGACAAGUACCGCGCCCAGCUAGACAACAGGAAUGAUUCCACAGGGACCCACUCACUCUACACCACGUAUCAGGACUACGAGAUCAUGUUCCACGUUUCAACCAUGCUGCCCUACACCCCAAACAACCGCCAGCAGCUUCUGAGGAAGAGGCACAUUGGAAACGACAUUGUGACCAUCGUCUUCCAGGAGCCUGGGGCCCUUCCUUUCACGCCGAAGGUAUUCCGCUCACACUUCCAGCACGUCUUUAUUGUGGUGAGGGCGCAUGAAUCUUGCACAGACGACACCGUCUACAGCGUGGCUGUCAGCUGCACCAAGGACAUCCCCCCCUUUGGCCCCUUCGUCCCGGCGGAGAACUCCUUCGUCAAGGGCCCAGCUUUCCGAGACUUCCUGCUCGCCAAGGCAAUCAACGCGGAAAACGCAGCCGAGCGCUCAGGGAAGUUCCACGCCAUGGCGACACGCACCCGCCAGGAAUACUUGCGUGACCUGGCCCUCAACCACGCCACCACUAGCACAUUAGAGGCCUCCUCGUCCCGCCUGGCGCUCAUAGCGUUGGCUGCGAAAAAACGCGAGAAGUCCAAGGUGCCCAAGGGGGCAGAGGCGCACAGCGCGGGGGCUUUGGUGUGGGGCGUGUGGGCACGGGAUGGCAGCAGAGGACCUGAGAGCAAGACUCCUGAGCUCCGGUGCCUGCUGGGCAUCUCGGCUGAAUUUCUAGUCCUCAUUGAUGCCCGGGAGAAGAGGGUGGUCUUUAAUUGUUCAUGCCGGGACAUCCUGGCUUGGACCUUCUCUGAAACCUGCACUUUGGACCUCUACUAUGAGACAGGGGACUACAUUUGCAUGCGUGUGGAUGAGGGGCAGGCGUCCGAUAUCCGGGACAUUGUGCACCGGCUGCAGCUGGUGACUCGAGGCUGCGAGACACGGGAGCUGACGCUGUUAAGGAACGGGGUCGGGCAGCUGGGCUUCCAGAUGGACCCCGAGGGCUUUGUGACGGAGGUGGAGCGCUUCACCUUUGCCGAGAAGGCCGGCCUCCAGCCCGGCGCCCGCCUGGUCCGUGUCUGCGAGAGGCCCUUGCCCAGCCUCAGCCAUGCCCAGACCGGCGAGCUCCUGCGCACUGCCAAGAAGGUCACCAUCACGGUUGUCCCCCCCGAUGAGAACGGGAAGCCCAGGAGAAGCUUCUCAGAGCUGUACCAAAAGUCCUUACAAGAGAAGAGGAGGAGUGAGCCGCCAGCCGGGGAGGCGGAACUGACCAGGCCGGGCAGCGAAGCUGGGUUCAAACCCUCCACCCUGCAGCUCCUCCACUCGCUAUCCCUGCAGGACGGGCCCCCUCACAGCUUGGCCGAGGAGAGAACAGAGUUUCUGCGGAGCCACAGUGGGGAAACACCCAGGCCUCCAGACUCGAUGCCAUCUCAAAAUGUCCCUCCAGAUCUCAUCUUGGCUGCCACGCCCAAGGCCCCUCCAGACUGGGAUACGGACUGUCCUGGCGGUCCUGUCGUGAACAAGCAAGAUCUUAUCGGGGGCCAAGAGGGCAAAGGCCCCCAAGCCCUGCCCCCCGCGGAGAAGGCCUCGUCCCCCUCAGAGUCCAGAGACAUGGACAAGUUCCUGCCACGGACCCUUUCCCUGCGGAACUCCAUCACCAAAAUCCUCUCUGAAGCUGGAGAAUCCCUGGAGGAUGAGUGGGAGUCCAUUGCCAACUUGGCUUCUGCUUGCAACAGCAUCUUGGAAGCCCUGUCCAGGGAAGGGCAGCACGUGCUGGAGAGUAGGGAAUCCCUGUGCAGCACUGUCCAGAGGGGCAUGACGAGUCAGCAGCAACCCAUUGAGGAGUGCCAGCAUCCUCUCAGCCUUGCUGACAAGGUCUUGCAGUUGGAAUCGACCCUCAAGAAACUGCAGGAAGAUCUUCAGAAGGAGAAGGCCGAGAAGGCGGCAUUGCAGGCUGAAGUGCAGACCCUCCAAGAGAACACGCAGCGCCUGAAGGAGGCAUCAGAGACGGCCGCAGCUCAGCUCAGCCAGGUCACGCAGAUGUUGGGCAGUCCCCCGAUGCCCCCCCACUGCCCUUGAGGCUCCCCCCAAAAAAAAUCUCACUCAUGCCUUUUUGGCCAUAGGAGGGAUAGCUCUCUCUCUCUCUCUCUCUCUCUCUCUCCAAAAUUAUUUGGGGCACAACAGAGACUUUUGACAGGCUGUGUUGUUACAACCUCCCCCAUACCCCCCCCCCAGCAGCCUGUGAUUUGGCUAGCGGUGCAGUUCUUACCACUGGUUGGCGGGGGGGGGCAAUGUUGAUAUUUCCACAAUGGGGAGGGGGGAAGCUGAGGUUUGGGGUCCAAAGGGGCACAGGGUUCAUCUAGCCACCUUUUGGUGAGAUGAUCUCUUCUGAUCCCUGGUUGUGCUCAGGGUGCGCCCAUCUAUUAAGGCUUGCCACCCACUUCCUUGAAGGCCCCCCGCCUCCCCUUCCCCUACCAAUUUGCGCGCCAGCCUGCAACCGUAGUUUGGAGCCGUACAACCCUCCAGCCCACGGCGGGGCAUGGGGUUUUUCUGGAUGGGGGUUACCUUCUUGGCCUUUUUCUUCUAUAACCGAAUUGUGAUUUUUGGACCUGGGACUUUCCUGGACUCUUGCCACCAGCCCCUGUGGAAACGCCACACUUGUGGUUCCAUCGGAGACACAACCAAGCAAAGAUGAAUUCACCAGGCAAUAACUGCAGAUCGCCUCUGAGGGAGGGCAGAGUGCAACGUGCCCUGUGUUGGUGGUUUGCCCCAGGCAGAGGGGCGUGGGGGUGAUGCUGGAGGACAGAGGGCUGGCCCAGCCUUGAGAGUCCCUCCUUGCACCCAUUCCGUUCCCUCCUCCCCUCCCUCCUACUGGUAUUUCCAGCACUGGUCUGGGGUUGCGCAGGAGGCUUCUGGCCUGAUGCAGGCCUCCUCCCGCACACCCAUUAACUGUGAACGUUAUUUUAUUUAAAAGCUGUGACGCAACCCUGCUUCCUCCCUCCCCUGUGUGGUCCUCAUUCCCACCUCUCCUUGUGGCCCAUCGUAGACUCUUCCUAGGUGGGGGCAAGACCGUCCGGCUCGCCCUUUCGUCGCCAUUGCUCUUCUGCCAGGAGUAGCCAACGUGGCGCUCUCCAGUCACUGUGGAUUUCCAACUGCCAUCAUCCAUGACCCUUGGCCAUGCUGAUGGGGGCCGAUGGGUGCUGGGAGUCCUGUCGAAAUCCGGAGAGCACCACGUUGGCUACUCUGAUCUGGGCCUGCCCCACACAUCUGGAAGGGAGAGAAUGUUGCUGUGGGGGGAGGGGCGGCAUCCUUUUCCCCUGUGCCGUUCUGUGGCUGGGUGCUCUGUACAUAUUUUCUCCUGCCUUUGGUAAAGAGAGGGGCGGGAAGGUGGGGAAUCUGGCAGCCCGUCUGUCCAUCCCACUCCUCCUCCGCCCCAGCCCUCUGCCUGCAUUUGGACUGAAUGUACAGACUAGCAGUGGCCCUCCUUUGUGCAAUAAAGUCUUUGGUCUGCAGCCAUGUCGUGGGCUCUUUUGUCAUCUCUGCUGACACCCUUCUCUGCGGGGAAUCCAAGGCCUGGUGAAGAGAGGGUGGCGCAUACUGCAGAUGAAGCUGAGGGAAGGGGAGGGAGCCCCUCAGGCAUGGCUUCCGUCUGGAAGAGCCACCAACUCGCCAGGCCCCCUCCUCUUCCUCCUUUUCAGUCUCCGGGUUCUCCUCCCCUCCCUGCUUAAUGCUCUGUAUAAUUCUGGGCGGUUUGCUUCCGUUUUCCAUCCGGAAGCCACUUCCUCGCUUGUCCGGACUUGCUCUUUUUGGAAGGCUUGUACUUAGCGAUUUUGUUUCUUCCUUUCUGGCUAUAUAAUUAGAUGGGCUAAAUCGUAGGUUUGGCUGAGGACAUUUUUUAAUCAGUGGCCCCUGGGGGAGUCCCCACCCUCCUGUUCUCCCUGACCCCUUCUUUCCCCCUCCACCAAUUCACCCUCCCCUUCUGGGCUUCUCAGCCCACAGGCUGCUCUCUUCCUUUUUGUUCAGCCCCUCUGCCUCCAGUUUGCCAUCUUCCCUGGGCCCUCUGUCUGCUCAGCUUCCUAGUCCUCAAGGCACCCUGCCUGCCCAGAGCACUGCUACCUCUUUGCCAACAACCCUUACGCCUAUCGUCAGGCCCUUUCUUGCCCCCCCUAGUACAGAAGGAGCCUUUCCCCUCAGAGGCUGUGCUGUCUGUCAGCUUUCAGUUGCCAACAGCUUCCUUUGAACACUCGUCGGUGCAUAUUUCAUGUCAGCACAACAGUCUGUGUGUCUAGGCAUCAGGCACUUUUUCUUCUAAGGACUGCUGUUGUAUCUUUUUUUAAUCAGGUCGGUGCACGGAGGCGAUGCUACUUGUGAUGCACAGCAGGGCCUUUUCUACAUUUCGUCUUUUGUAGGCCGAAGGGCCUGGGCCCGCACAGAGCUCUUUGCUGUGCCGGUUGGAAGAGCUCAGUGACUGCCAAAGGCUUGCCAAGAAAAAAAUUGGACUGACUUGAAAAGAUGUGGCUUAGCACACUGCCUCAGACUGUAGCAUGAAUGAAAGGGAGGGAUUCAGCACACAUCAAAGAGGAGGCUGCUGCUUCCGGGGGUGAGGAUCCCUGCCCGUUUAAGCAUGGGAUGUGGUCAGCUUUCUCGGAACCUCAGGGUUUGCUUAGACAAAGUGCCAUUUGUGCCCACAAAGGGCCACUCCUGAGGACGGCUCACCUGGAGUGAGUGGCUGCCGUCUGUUUACGGCACACACUAUAAUCAUGGUUGGUAUUCUCCUGUUAUGGGAUGCUGUCAUUGGUAAAAUAUGCUUGUGGGAAAAGAGCACUGCUUUGGUGAUGGGGAGUGGGGUGAGUGAGAAGGAGAGUGGUGACCGUCAAGCCCCUUUUCUCGACUUGUUCCUGAGCUGAUGAGUGUGUCUGCAGAAUCCAUUUUCUGGAGCAGCCUGAACCUGCAAGCCCAAUCCCAGCUCAUCCUCGAGAACCUUCUCAUACUGGCAGGGCUUAGCCCUGGGCUAUGUGAAGCAAUAACAAAGAGGGUGCUCCUGAGCAUGUGCAGAUGGCACAUACCACACCCAGGGAAACACACACCAUUUGACGUUAAAAGGAGGGGGAGGGCUAAAAUAAGGUCUGUGCUCUUUCUUUCCGGAGCGGAGGGGAGGUCAGGGGUAUCCUUUGCAAGUAAUAAAGAAGCCCCAGAACUUUACUGUGUGCAAUCAUGAGCAACUCUGAGCCUAUGGAGAGCGCCUUUCCACCUCUCUCCCCUUAAGUUACACUGAUUUACUUUUUAAAAUGUUUAUUGUAUUGGAUUGAUGAUUGUAUUUUAGUAUUAUUUUGUUAUUCAUUGUAUUUUUAUGCUGUUUUAUGUUCACCGCCCAGAGAGCUAUUGCUAGUCGGGCGGUAU